AACCAGUGAGCAGCCAGUGGAGGAGGGAGGGCAGAAGGAAGAAGGGGGGAGAGAGAGAAAAAAAGAUAGAAAGAGUGACUGAACUAGAGAAAGAGAGGGAGGAAACGAGCGCUGUAGUUUAGACCGAAGUCUUUGCGAAGCUGCUGUCGACAGGAAAAGAAGUUUGACUCACGGCGACGCUGACUGAGCCACCCGGUUGUUGUUAGCCACCCUCUGAAAGGCGUACUGCACCCAAAAAGCAGCCACCAUGUCCGCCGCAGACAAGUUCCUGUACGUGGACCGCAAUCUGGUCAACAACCCACUGGCACAGGCUGACUGGGCUACCAAGAAGCUGGUAUGGGUACCCUCAGAGCGCCUGGGCUUUGAGGCCGGCUCCGUGAAGGAGGAGCGUGGCGAUGAGUGUGUGGUUGAGCUUGCAGACUCUGGGAAGAAGAUCCGGGUGAACAAGGAUGACAUCCAGAAGAUGAACCCGCCCAAGUUCAGCAAGGUUGAGGACAUGGCUGAGCUCACCUGCCUGAACGAGGCCUCUGUGCUGCACAACCUGAAGGAGAGAUACUACUCUGGUCUCAUAUAUACAUACUCUGGCCUCUUCUGUGUCGUCAUAAACCCCUACAAGAACCUGCCCAUCUACUCAGAGGAGAUUGUUGACAUGUACAAGGGGAAGAAGAGGCAUGAAAUGCCGCCUCACAUCUAUGCCAUCACUGACACAUCGUACAGAAGCAUGAUGCAAGAUCGUGAAGACCAGUCCAUUCUUUGCACAGGAGAGUCUGGUGCUGGUAAGACGGAGAACACCAAGAAAGUGAUUCAGUAUCUGGCUCAUGUGGCCUCCUCUCACAAGACCAAGAAAGAUCAGAACAGCUCGAUCCUGUCACAUGGGGAGCUGGAGAAGCAACUGCUGCAAGCUAACCCCAUCCUGGAAGCCUUUGGAAAUGCCAAGACAGUCAAAAAUGACAACUCUUCCAGAUUUGGAAAAUUCAUCCGGAUCAACUUUGACGUCAAUGGUUAUAUCGUUGGUGCCAAUAUCGAAACUUACCUGUUGGAGAAAUCCCGUGCCAUUCGGCAGGCCAAAGAUGAGAGGACCUUUCACAUCUUCUACUACAUGCUCACAGGGGCUGGGGAUAAACUGCGCAAUGAACUCCUCCUUGAAAAUUACAACAACUACCGCUUCCUUUCCAAUGGAAACGUCACAAUUCCUGGGCAACAGGACAAGGACCUCUUUACAGAGACCAUGGAGGCCUUUAAGAUCAUGAGUAUCCCAGAGGAUGAGCAGAUUGGCAUGUUGAAGGUGGUGUCAUCUGUGCUACAGCUAGGAAACAUGAACUUCAAGAAGGAGCGCCAUACAGACCAGGCCUCCAUGCCCGACAACACCGCUGCCCAGAAGGUAUGCCACCUUAUGGGCAUGAAUGUCACAGAGUUCACCAGGGCCAUCCUUUCGCCCAGGAUCAAAGUGGGCAGAGACUACGUCCAGAAAGCCCAGACCCAGGAGCAGGCAGAGUUUGCUGUGGAGGCCCUGGCAAAGGCCACAUAUGAAAGGAUGUUCCGUUGGCUCGUCAUGAGGAUCAACAAAGCUCUGGACAAGACCAAGAGACAGGGAGCCUCUUUCAUCGGCAUCCUAGAUAUCGCUGGUUUUGAGAUCUUUGAGCUGAACUCAUUUGAGCAGCUGUGUAUCAAUUACACCAAUGAGAAGCUGCAGCAGCUCUUCAACCACACCAUGUUCAUCCUGGAGCAGGAAGAGUACCAGAGGGAGGGCAUUGAGUGGAGCUUCAUUGAUUUCGGCCUCGACCUGCAGCCCUGCAUUGAACUCAUUGAGAAACCUGCCAGUCCCCCUGGUAUCCUGGCUCUGUUGGAUGAAGAGUGUUGGUUCCCCAAAGCAACAGACAAGAGCUUUGUGGAGAAGGUGCUCCAGGAGCAGGGCACUCACCCAAAGUUCUUCAAGCCUAAAAAACUGAAGGAUGAAGCAGACUUCUGUAUCAUCCAUUAUGCUGGCAAGGUGGACUACAAGGCCGACGAGUGGCUGAUGAAGAACAUGGACCCCUUGAAUGAUAACGUAGCAACACUGCUCAACCUGUCCACUGACAAGUUUGUCUCUGAGCUGUGGAAGGAUGUGGACCGCAUUGUGGGUCUGGACAAGGUUUCUGGCAUGUCUGAGAUGCCCGGUGCCUUUAAGACCCGCAAGGGCAUGUUCCGCACCGUGGGCCAGCUGUACAAGGAGCAGCUGUCCAAGCUCAUGGCCACUCUGAGGAACACAAACCCUAACUUUGUUCGUUGCAUCAUCCCCAACCAUGAGAAAAAGGCUGGUAAACUUGACCCCCACCUAGUUCUUGAUCAGCUGAGGUGCAAUGGUGUCUUGGAGGGGAUCCGUAUCUGCAGACAGGGCUUCCCUAAUCGCAUCGUCUUCCAGGAGUUCAGACAGAGGUAUGAAAUCCUCACUCCCAACGCCAUCCCCAAAGGCUUCAUGGAUGGAAAGCAGGCCUGUGUGCUCAUGAUCAAAAGCCUGGAGCUGGAUCCUAAUCUGUACCGGAUCGGUCAGAGUAAAGUGUUCUUCAGAGCAGGAGUCCUCGCUCACCUUGAGGAGGAGAGGGACAUGAAGAUCACAGACAUCAUCAUCAGUUUCCAGGCCUGGUGCAGAGGAUAUGUGGCUCGCAAGGCUUUUGCCAAGAGACAGCAGCAGCUGACUGCAAUGAAGGUGAUCCAGAGGAACUGUGCUGCUUAUCUUAAACUCAGGAACUGGCAGUGGUGGAGGCUAUUCACCAAGGUAAAACCUUUGCUGCAAGUCAGCAGGCAGGAGGAAGAGAUGCUUGCCAAGGAUGAAGAGCUACAUAAGGUGAAGGAGAAGCAAUUGUAUGCUGAGCAGCAGCUGCAGGAAAUGGAGGAAAAACAGCAGCAGCUGUCUGCUGAGAAGAUGGCCCUGCAGGAGCAGCUUCAGGCAGAAACAGAACUGUGUGCUGAGGCAGAGGAGAUGAGAGCCCGUCUGGCUGCCAAGAAGCAGGAGCUGGAGGAGUUUCUCCAUGACCUGGAGGGCCGUGUGGAGGAGGAGGAAGAGCGUGCUGCUCAACUCUUGGCAGAGAAAAAGAAGAUGCAGCAAAAUAUUGGAGACUUGGAGCAGCAGCUGGAUGAAGAAGAGGCAGCCAGACAGAAGCUUCAGCUAGAGAAGGUCACCAUGGAGGCCAAGAUGAAGAAGAUAGAAGAGGAUGUUAUGGUUCUAGAUGACCAGAACAAUAAACUGAAUAAGGAGAAGAAGUUGCUGGAAGAGAGGAUCUCUGAGUUCACCACCAACCUGGCAGAGGAGGAGGAGAAAUCCAAGAGCCUGCAGAAACUUAAGACCAAACACGAGGCCAUGAUCACAGACCUGGAGGACCGCCUGCGCAGGGAGGAGAAGGGGCGUCAGGAGCUGGAAAAGAACCGACGCAAGCUUGAGGGCGACUUCACUGAGAUACAUGACCAGAUUGCUGAGCUGCAAGCCCAGAUUGCUGAGCUCCGUGCUCAGCUAGCUAAGAAGGAGGAAGAACUCCAGGCAGCCUUGGCCAGGAUCGAGGAGGAGGCUGCUCAUAAGAACAUGGCCCAGAAAAAGAUCCGUGAGCUGGAGGCUCAGCUCUCUGAACUGCAGGAGGAUUUGGAGCUGGAGAGGCAAGCUCGAGCCAAGGCAGAGAAACACCGCAGGGAUCUGGGAGAAGAGCUGGAGGCCCUCAAGACAGAGCUGGAGGACACUCUGGACUCUACCGCUGCUCAGCAAGAACUAAGGUCCAAGCGAGAGACGGAGGUGGCACAACUGAAAAAGACUCUGGAUGAAGAAGCAAGGAUUCAUGAGCAGCAGCUGGGUGAGAUGAGACAGAAACACAGUCAGGCCUUCGACGAGCUCAAUGAGCAGCUGGAGCAGGCCAAGAGGAACAAAGUGUCCAUGGAGAAGGCCAAGCAGGCUCUGGAGUCCGAGAGGAAUGAGCUCUCCAUCGAAUUGCAGUCGCUGUUGCAGGGUAAGGGGGAGUCUGAGCAUCGCAGGAAGAAGGCUGAAGCCCAGGUCCAGGAGCUGCAGCUCAAACACACAGAGAGUGAGCGCCAGAGAAUAGAGCUGGCUGAGAAACUAGCGAAAACACAGUCUGAACUGGAAAAUGUAAACUGCAUUCUGAAUGAUGUGGAAAGCAAGUCCAUCAAGGCAACAAAAGACUGUUCUGCAGUGGAGUCACAGCUACAGGAUGUUCAGGAGCUACUCCAGGAGGAGACACGUCAAAAACUGGCACAGAGCACACGUCUGCGGCAGCUGGAGGACGAACACAACAGCCUGAGAGAACAACUGGAGGAAGAAGAAGAAGCCAAGAGAAAUGUAGAGAAGCAGCUUCAGAUGGUGCAGGCUCAGCUCACUGAGAUGAAGAAGAAGGUUGAGCAGGAUGCAGGUUGUUUGGAGACCGCUGAGGAGGGGAAGAAGAGGCUUCAGAGGGACCUGGAGGGAACAAACCAGCGCCUGGAGGAGAAAUGUGCUGCCUAUGAGAAGUUGGACAAAACAAAGACUCGUCUGCAGCAAGAGUUGGACGACCUGCUGGUAGACCAGGACCACCUCCGACAGAUCGUCUCCAACCUGGAGAAGAAGCAGAAGAAGUUUGACCAGAUGCUCGCUGAGGAGAAGAACAUAUCUGCCCGCUACGCAGAGGAGCGUGACCGAGCUGAAGCUGAGGCCCGUGAGAAGGAGACCCGGGCACUGGCUUUGACCCGUGAGCUGGACUCUCUGAUGGAAAUCAAGGAGGACUUGGACCGCAACAACAAACUGCUGCGGGCUGAAAUGGAGGACCUGGUAUCCUCCAAGGAUGAUGUUGGCAAGAGUGUCCAUGAGCUGGAGAAGGGUAAACGUGCGAUGGAGCAGCAGCUGGAGGAGAUGAGGACUCAGCUGGAGGAGCUUGAGGACGAGCUGCAGGCCACAGAGGACGCCAAGCUGCGCCUGGAGGUCAACAUGCAGGCCCUGAAGGCCCAGUACGAGAGAGACCUGGCAGGACGUGACGAGAUGGGCGAGGAGAAGAAGAGGGCACUGGUCAAACAGGUGCGAGAGAUGGAGAUGGAGUUGGAGGAUGAGAGGAAGCAGCGUUCAGGAGCUGUGGCCGCACGCAAGAAGCUGGAGCUAGACCUGAAGGAGCUGGAGGCUGGUAUCGACAUGGCCAACAAGAACCGUGACGAGGCACUGAAACAGCUCAAGAAACUCCAAGCCCAGAUGAAGGAGAUGUACCGGGAGCUGGAGGAUACUCGCAUGUCCAGAGAGGAGAUCCUCGCUCAGAGCAAGGAGUCGGAGAAGAAGCUGAAAGCCAUGGAGGCUGACAUGCUCCAGAUGCAGGAGGAGUUGGCAGCUGCAGAACGAGUAAAGAGACAAGCCCAGCUGGAGAGAGACGAACUGCAGGAUGAGAUGAACAACCAGGCCGCCAAGAAUGCUCAGAUUGCAGAGGAGAGAAGACGGCUGGAGGCUCGUAUUGCUCAGCUGGAGGAAGAGCUUGAGGAGGAACAGUGCAACACUGAGCUGACUAAUGACAGGCUGAAGAAAGCAAUGCUGCAGACUGACCAGAUGAAUGUGGAGCUGACAGCUGAGCGCAGCACCUCUCAGCGUGUGGAAGGUGCUCGUGCCCAGCUGGAGCGCCAGAACAAGGAGCUGAAACUGAAGCUGCAGGAGCUGGAAGGAACAGUCAAGUCCAAGUACAAGGCUAAUAUGGCUGCCCUAGAGGCGAAGAUCGCUCAGCUGGAGGAACAGCUGGACAUGGAGACCAGGGAGAGGCAGGGUGCCACCAAGCUUGUGAGACGCACAGAGAAGAAACUGAAGGAAGUCAUCCUGCAGGUGGAAGAUGAGAGACGCAACACAGAGCAGCACAAGGACCAGGUCGACAAGUUGAACUCCCGCAUGAAGCAGCUGAAGCGUCAACUGGAGGAGGCUGAGGAAGAGGCUCAGAGAGCCAAUGCCAACCGAAGGAAACUGCAGAGGGAGCUGGAGGACGCCACGGAGUCCGCAGACGCCAUGAACCGUGAAGUCACCACCCUCAAGAACAAGCUCAGGCGUGGCGACCUCCCCUUCCUUGGGCGCCGCACUGUUCCCCGCACUGGCAUAGAAAGCGACGAGGAGAGCGAGCCCAAGAGUGAGACCUCUGAGCCCAAGCCUGAAUGAACAGCCACAGUGCCACUGCAUCAUAAACAGACAGACCCAAAAUUCACAUAUGAGCACACAUUACUGUACCUACUGAACAGAGGAACACAUCAUGUUGAAACUAGAGACAGGGAUCCAGUCUGCCUUCUUCAAGUUUAGUCCUGUGACAGUCUGAUCUCUUCAACACUGACAAUCUAUGCAUUCUUAACACACAUACAGAAGCCAGUAAACUGGGACAAUCACCAUGCUGACACAUACACACGUUAUUUUUGGGCCAAAUUGUUUUGUUCUGCUUCAUUUUUGAUUCUCUGGGAAAAAUAAAAUAUUUUUAUAAGGAAACAUUCCAAUUAUAAUAGGCCUGAUUGAGGAUCUAUUUUUCUAAUUGAAGAAAGAGAAAACAAAGAAAGAAGUAUACAUAAAUGAAGACAGAUUACUGGAAGGGGACCAAAGUAAUAUCUCAAUCUAUAGAAUUGUAUUUUAUGCAGAAGUUUUUAUAAUGGUUAAGAAUGGAAGUUCUUCAUGUUUAUUAUGCUCGCGCUCUCGCCUCCGUUUAUAAUGAAGGUUUAUAUGCUGAAAUGUAUUCUAUCAAUCUAGCUGCAGUUAGUAGUUGUGACUACGCUUUUGAGCUUAAUAAUUUGAUAUACACACACUUCAUGUGGAAAUGAAAAAUUAGAGGCAGAUUUGAAGUAAAACAAUUGGAGACUCAUUGACACAUAAUGAAGGCAUUUGAUUGUGACUGUGCUGAAAUUCCUUAUUUUUGCACUGAGAUGACAAAAAAAACACUUAAGCCUUGAUAUUAUAAACCACUGCAUUUGUGUGUUUCAUUGACGGAGAAGCUCGGAAGUUUUGGAAAAAACGUGUGCACAUGCUCAUUUAGUGAGUGCACAGACUGCCAACACACACUAAGGCCUUAAAUACAGCUGCGUUCUACUGGGCAGGGUGGUUGGCUUUUUCUCUGGACAUGCAUUGACUUUUACAUUUCUCACUAUCAGUGUUUGUGUUAAUGUUCAAGGUAAAGUUUAAAGGGGGUGGUGGGGUAGCUGAUUACUCACAGUACACACUGUAUUCUCAGAGCACAGCCUGGUGAGGGAGGAGAAGCUGAGGCAGAAUCGGGAGGCAGGGACAAACUUCAUCUCUUUAGCCUACUGUACUUACACUAUACCGUGGCUGACAGGGCUUAAAGUAAACACGGGGAGUUGAUAUGUAGCCAGGUAUAGAGUAGAUGUAUGAGAUACAAGCUCUCUGUGUCAGGAUGAUGUCGACCCCUCGCAGGCUGUGCUCAGGGCGGCUUUUGGCUCACACUGCUGGGAAGUGAGAGGGAUGUGUUGUUACUUAAAAAUAACAGCUCACAGCGCACUUAAAAAAAAAAAAACGAAACGAAGAAAAUCCAAAAAAGAGAUGGAGGGGAAAAAUGCUCCUCCAACAAUUGUUCUGUAAUGUUUGUCUGUCUGCACCUCUGGAGUGGAAAUCAUAUUGUGAAAUGUUGGUAUUAUUGCAAUUAAAGAUGCUUUCUAAACUGCUA